AUGGGAAAUGCAAUUUCAAAUGGGAAAUUGAUAUCUCCAAUAUCUAUUGAUGCAUAGAUAAAAGAGUCAUAAUUAACAAUAAGAUUCAUGUUAGAUUAAAAGAAAUUAAUGGCUCAAAAAAAUACAUUACCUAAAGAUUUUGAUUAAUAGAUAUCUUAAUUGAUAAAAGAAUUGAAAGUUGAACCAAAACUUCUCUAAUAAUUCUAAAGCACUCCUUAAAGUAAAAUAAUAUAACAUAAUUAGAUUUUAAAUGUUUAAUUCUAAAUGAAUAUAAAAACAUUACAGGAAAGAAUUUAUUAUAAAAUUUACCAAAUGAUGAAGUCAACUAUUUUAAUUAGAAAUUAGCUAAUCCAACAUUAUAAGAUUUAGAAUAAUUAAGAAGAUAUCUUAAAAAUCUAUAGAUUCAAGAUUAAUAAGAUAAAUUAGAGCAAUUUCAUAUUACUAUUAAUUUACUUAUAGAAAAUUUAUUUAAAUUUCACUAAUAAGCACAAUAAAUAAUUGAAAAAAAGAAGCCUCCUUGUUAUCUAUAUUAAGUUUAAAUCUUAAAUAUUCUUGAAAUUUUAGUUAAAAUAGAAAAAAACUAAUAAUAAAUGUUAACCAUUCCAGAUUCAAUGGAUAUUAUUUUAAAAAAUCUACAUCCAUUUCAUGUUGAAUUAACAACAACUGUAUUAGAAAUUGCAUCUCAUUUAUGUUGGAAUACAGAUGAAGGAUAUAAUUGGGUUCUAAAAAGUUUAAAUAAAUUGUAUGAAGAUAAUGAAAUUAUAUUUUUUGUUAAUACCUUAAAAAAAAGUAGAAAUGCUGUUAUGAUUGCUACAAUAUGUGUAUUUAUUGUAACACUUACUGAAUCUCCAACUUAAGAAGAAGAAAGAAAAAGAAUGAGAUAAUAAUUUAUAUCUACUGGAAUGGCUGAUGUUUAUAAAAUGAUUAUCAAUAAAAUUGAAGAAUUUGAAUAUAAAGCAGAUGAAUUAAGAUUUGAAGUUGUUUUAUAAUAAAUAAUUGAUCAUAAUAAAUAAAAACAUUAAAUUUUAACAGAUCCUAAUUUCACUGAAGAAAUUAAAUUACCUAUGUUAUAUCAAAGAGAAUCUAGAAAGUGUUAUGAUAUAUCAGAGUUUUCUAAUUCCAUUAAAAUUAUUGAAGGAUAAAUUGAAGCAUUUCUAGAAAAUAAUAAAGAUAUACCUAAUUAAUAACCAUAAGAACCAAAAAAAUCAGAAGUUAAAUAACAUGCUAAACAUUUAAAAUCUACAUUUCUUGCUCCUUAAUAUUUAAAUUUAAUUUAAGAUGAAAUGGGAAAAGCUAAUUUAACUAAUCUAUAAAGAACAGUUGAAAAUAUUAAACAUGAAUCUAAAAUUAGAGGUAGUCAAAUUGUUACUGAAUUUGCAGAAGGUAUUUCUAAAUAUAUUGAUAAACUCAAUUAACCAUCUUAAAAAGAAACUGAAAAUAUAGAGAGUUAAUAAUUUGAAUUAAUGAAAUAAUAAAUUGAUGAUUUACAUGAAAAAAUUGCUAGUUUAGAAAAUGAAAUAAAAGAUUUAAAUACUAAAAAAUAAUCAAAUGAAGCAUUUGUUGAUGUUUUAUAAAGAAAAAUUGGUGAUAUGGAAAAAAAAUUGAAAUCAGAUUAAACUAAUUAUUCCCAAUUAAAUGAAUAAUUAGCUUCCAAAAAUAAGGAUUAUAGAGCACUUUAAUAAGAAAAUGAAUCAUAAUAAAAAGCAAUCUAACAAUUAGAAAAUGAAGUUAAUUAAUUAAAAGAAAAACUAAAUAUAAUGCAAUUGGCCAAAGCUCAAAAAAUGGAAUUAGAAGUACCUCCUUAAAGGCUUUCUCAUAAAUAAGAUAAUACUGAAGAGUUGAAACUAUAACUAGACUAACUCAAAUAAGACUUACAUUAAUAAAAUUAAAAAUUUAUCAUUCAAGAAAAUGAAAUUAAAAGUAAUUUUAUCUAUUUUUAUGAUAGAAUUUUAAUAAUAAUUAAAAGAAUAAAGUGAAAAUUUAUAAACAAAGGAGAUUUAAUUAAAUGAAAAAAAUAAGGAAUGUAGAGAACUUUAAGCAACAAAUGAAAAAUUAAUAAAAAAGAAAUAAGCUAAAAAAAACCAAUUAUUAUAAUUGAAAGAAAAAAUAUUGUCUGUUAAUUAUGUUAAAACUUAAGCAACCAAAAUUUAAAAUGAACUCAAAACUAUUGAACAAUAUUAAGAAGAGCUUAUAAGAUUAAAUAAUAUUAUAGAAGAAUAAGCCAUUAUUUUAGAAUAAUAAAAACAAUACACAUCUAAACUUGAUGAAAUGAGAGAUAAAUAACAAGAGCAAGAAUAAAAAAUUAAUCAAAUGGAAGAUGAAAACAAAAGUAUAUAAUAAAUAAAUUAUUUCCUUAGAAUAAUUAAUUAAUAAUUAAACUCUACAAGAUAAACUGUAAUAAUUGCAAUAGGAAAAGGAAAAUUUAGAAAAAAAAUUACUUAAUUAACUAUAAAAUGCUGCACAAUCUAGUAAUACAUUUGCACCCCCUCCUCCGCCAUUACCUGGGUCAACUUAAACAAAUUCCUUUAUUCCUCCACCACCCCCUCCUCCUCCUGGAGGUUCCAAAACUUUACCUCCACCUCCACCACCACCUCCUCCUCCUCCUCCAGGAGGUAAAACUGCUCCACCACCUCCUCCUCCUCCACCUCCACCUCCCGGAGGUAAAAGUGCUCCUCCUCCCCCACCACCUCCUCCUCCACCUCCAGGAUCAAAAACUGGGGGACCACCACCUCCACCUCCUCCUCCACCUGGUGGUAAGACUGGAUCUGCACCACCUCCUCCUCCUCCGCCUGGAGGCCCAAGACCCCCAGGACCUCCUCCUCCUCCUGGAGGGGCUCCUCCACUUCCUCCUGGACCAAGACCUCCUGGCGGCCCUGAUCCUUAAUUUGGAGUUUCAACAGGAAAACAAAAACAUAAACCUAAUGUCUAACUAAAAUAAGUUUGCUGGACAGUUAUCAAACCAGAAUAAAUUAAAAAUACUAUUUGGGAAUAGAUAGAUGAUACUAAAUUAAAAUUGGAUUUUUCUAUUAUUGAGAAUCUUUUUGCAGUAAAGGCAACAUAAAGUAAUGCAAGCAAUUAAAGUGGAGCCAAUUAACCUUAGAAGCCAGCAAAAAUUUCAAUGUUGGGGCCUGAAAGAGUCAAAAAUUUAGAAAUAGUUUUAGGCAAACUUAAAAUGUCAAAUCAAUUAAUAGUUGAUAGUCUUUAUUAGUAAGUUUAUUAAAGUUAUAUUAAAGAUUUGAUGAAAGUAUAUUAAAACCAAAUGUAGUUGAAUCAUUAAUAACAGCAAUGCCAAAUGAGACAGAGAUUGGAUUGUGGCAAGAUUAAGAUUAAUCAAAUUUAGCAUUACCAGAUAUUUUUUGUAUAAAUAUUAGCUCAGUAAAGGGUUAUGAUUAUAGGUUAUUAAUUUAAAAUAUGUUAGAUUAUUAUCAUUGAAAUUUAAAUAUAAUUAUAAAGAAUUAGCAGAAGAUUUAGAAUAGAAAAUAGUAGGAUUUAAAAAAGUGAUUGAAAAAACUAGAAAUGAUAAGAAUACAAAAGUUGUAAUGGAAUAUGCAUUAGCAGCUGGAAAUUAUAUGAAUGGUCAAUCUGCAAGAGGAGGUGCAUAUGGAUUUAAAUUUGAUAUGAUGGAAAAAUUAGCUGAUGUUAAAAGUACAGAUAAUAAAAGCAGUUUAUUAAUGUUUAUAAUUUAGAAAGCAGAGGAAGAUUUAAAAUAAGAAUUAGUGAUGGUUGAUGAAAGUUUAGAUGAAAUUGAAUUAGCUGGUAUAUUAAUGAAUGUAAAAUUUAGCUAAAACACCUUUAAGUUAAUUAGGUGCUGAUUUGAAUGAAUUAAAAAAGAAUUCUAGGACUGUUGAUAAGGCUAUCAAAUCAAAAGUAUCUCCUCCGAUUUAAGAUUUAGUUGAAGAAAAAUUAUAAGAUUUUUAUUAAUAAGUUAUUACUUAAUUAGCUGAAUUUGAGGCUUAAUUAAAACAAUUGGAAUCACAAUAUGAAGAUCUUUCUAAUUUUUAUGCUGAAACAAAAGUUCCUUUUGAUAAAUUUUUUGAAAAAUUUUAUAAGUACAAAACUGUAUUGAGAUAAGCUAAACAAAAUAUUAAUAAAAUAAAAUUAGCAGAAGAAAAAGAAUUAGAAAAAAAGAGAAAGUUAGAACAAUAACAGCAAAAUUAAUAAUAAUAGAAAUAAUAACAAUAAUAAUAAUAAUAAUAAUAAUAAUAAUAAUAGUAGUAGGAUUAAUCAUAAAUUAAAAAAAAAUAGGAAGGUAAUUUUUAAUAUAAAUAAAAGAUAAUUCACUAUCAGGUUUAAAGAAACUUGAUAAAACUUAAAUUUUAAAUGAAGUUGCAAAAAGAAGAGAAUCAAAAAAAACUAGUAUUCUUUAGCUAGCCAAUGUUUUAGUUAAGCAAUAAAUUUAGACAACUUUAGCAUAAACUUAGGAACAUUGA